CGGUUACGGUGUUUGCGGCGGCCGGCUUGUUUUGGUGCGCGUCCGCCUGGUACGCCCGAUUUGUGCGUCGUCGACUUUUUCCCUCUCUCUCUCCCUCCCACAUUCUGCCUAGAUAGUGACACUGUGACAUUGGUGGUUAGUGAUGUAUUGCGCACGUUUUUUGGAAUAUGUGUUUUGAAUAAUUGUUCGUCGUCUCCCCAUCAACUCCCUCCAAUAUAAAUGCAGAGCAAUUAAUUACAUUGGCUGAAUAAACGGAUAACGGAAACCAGGUCUCGACAUCACGACCAACGCGGCUCGAACAUGUCCCGAUGAAGAUGGAAAUCGAUUGGCUGUCCAUUAUCCUAGAUAAAACUAAAUAUCGAUAGAUACGAUACGUACACGUAUUUAGUCGUAACUGCACCAUGUUUUACUUGUUGUGGAUCAAUUGCUUUUUGUAUUGGACGGCCGUCGUGCAUUCCGCAAAAAUCACGGCCCCGCCGAACGACAAGGAAAGUAUUCAAGACCAGGAAUAUUGGUACGAGCAGGCACGUAUCACUUUAAGGAAACGUCUCCAGUACGCAACCGACCGUCGUCCGCACGCGAAGAACGUCAUCCUGUUCGUCGGCGACGGCAUGGGCGUCGCCACCUCGUCCGCCUCCAGGAUAUUGCGGGGACAGCGUCUGGGCAAACGGGGCGAGGACCACGAACUGGCCUGGGACAAUUUUCCGGCCGUCGCUCUCGCCAAGACGUACAAUAUGGACGCCCAGAUCGGCGAGUCGUCGGCGUGUGCGACGGCGCUCAUGUGCGGCGUCAAAACCAACUUCGAGACCGUCGGCUUGGACGCCCGGGGACGCUUCGAGAACUGUUUUUCCAGCUUCUCGUCGAGGGUUUCGUCGCUGAUUGAUUGGGCGCAGGAAUCAGGAAAAUCGACAGGAAUAGUGACAAACACGAGGAUAACUCACGCCACGCCCGCAGCUUUGUACGGGCAUUCGCCCUCCCGUUACUGGGAGGACGAUUCCAAAGUUCCGGCGGCAUCCAGAAAAUCCUGCAAGGAUCUAGCACGCCAGCUCAUCGAAAACGAUCCUGGACGUAAUAUUAACGUCCUGUUCGGUGGCGGCCGUCGUCACUGGUUGCCGAAGGUCGCGAACGACCCGGAGCGAACCACCGAGGAAGGUCGGCGCCUGGACGGGCGUAAUCUUAUCGACGACUGGAGGCGAGAUAAGAAGAAGCGGGGACUGAAGGCGGAAUAUGUCUGGAACAAAGGACAACUUGAUAAAAUUAACCCCAGUCAAAUUGACUACUUGCUCGGGUUAUUUUCGUACUCCCACAUGGACUUUGAAGCGGACCGAGAUCCCGGACCCUUGGGGGACCCCUCCUUGGCCGACAUGACUCGAUCGGCCCUCUCCAUCCUGCUGAAAAAUCCCAAGGGCUUCUUUUUGGUCGUCGAAGGGGGUCGCAUAGAUCACGCACACCACUACAACAACGCCUACAGAGCCCUGGACGAAACUUUGGCGAUGGAGACCGCACUGUUGGCCGCACUGGCUCUGGUAAAUCCCACCGAGACGCUAAUCGUCGUCACUGCGGAUCACUCGCACGUGCUCACGAUGGGUGGACAGGCUACGCCCAGGGGACAUCCGAUACUCGGCCCGGACAGCAAGGUGUCGGACAUCGACGGCCAACCCUACACCACCAUCCUGUACGCCAACGGCCCCGGCUUCGCCAUGCCCAGGAUCAUCCCUAUGAACACGAGCAGCGCCACGGAGGACAAGAACCAGGUGAACGCGGCGGCCGUGCCGAGACAGUGGGCCACGCACGGGGGCGAAGACGUGCCCGUCUACGCACUCGGACCACUCGCCACCACCCUGUUCACAGGAACGUUCGACCAAAGCUACAUCCCGCACGCCAUCGCCUACAGCGGCUGCCUCGGCGAGCACCGUCUCCGCUGCCAGGGCCUGGACAACUACACCGCACCGCAGGUCACCACGUGCGUGGCGCCGGAGAUGUCCAGCGUGUCGGCCGCCGGCCACCCCGUCGUCAUCGCCAGCAGCGUGAUGGCCGACGACGGCACCCGCGUCAAGUCCGGCGUCCCGGCCGUGCCGCUGGCGGGCCCCUGGCUGGUCCUGGUCCUGUUCAAGUUCGCCGUGACAUGACUGUGCACGCGUGACCGGCGGUUUUCAGGGUAAUUUCGCUCCGACUUGUUUUAAUAUGCGCAGUGAUAUUUUGUACAUACAUAAUAAAUUAAAUGACUCAUUGAACUAAGGCCGGACUGACGGUUUUUGACGUGUACAUAAAUCAAAUUAUAAUAAAAAUAAAACGUCGGGAUGUAUCGACCAAAUUUGGGGGCGAAGAUGAAUUGUUGUUAAUUAUAGUGAGGCCACAGGAUAUACACUAGUGCACGUUUUACCCACUCAUACAGCAUGUUUUUCAAUGUUCCAACGGCGUAUCUACAGUCCAUUUGUUGGAGUGCCAAUGAUGUAUUUCCCAAACUUUCAAUAUACACGAUCAAUGUUUAUUCGGAAUGUAUAUUUACG